UACUACCGGGCGAAUGGCUGCAUAUUUCAAUAUUUUUCCAAAGUCUCUUUUCUGUCUAAUUUCAAUUAGACAUUAAAUUAAUUACAUUUUAAGUUGUUAGUUACAUUUCGACAGAUAAAUGAAUCGAAUAUAUCAAAAUUUUAAGUUAAUUUUCUAAGAGAACGCACAGAUAACAUUUCUGUCGCACUUAUGUUCGCUGUCGUUUCUAUAUAUUCUUAUUUACUUUUAUUAAUUAUAUUAAUUAUAUCCUCUUAUUUAUUAUAUUUAUUAGUUUUAUUAACUUUUAUUUACUUUUAUUUAUUACUUUUAUUAUCCUUUAUACAUUAAUAUUGUAAUAUAGAUGUUUACCAAUGCUGCAUCGUAUGUAUCACGGAUUAGUGUCACAGACAUGGCACUUCUUAAAGAAGAAUAUGAGUGAAUGAAAAGCACGAGUUCAUAGCCUACUAGAUUAUCUAUUCUAAUCCAAACUAACCCGAUCGUUACUUUAUAUGCGAGGGGAAUAUAAAUUAUUCAAGCUUAUAGUCUGAACGAAUGCAGGGCACAGAAAGUGUUCCCCUCUUGUGCUUAUAGUUCAUAUUUUGUCCAUUCUCGUCGCUGAAGUCAUACACGUUUCGAAUGAGAGAUGAUGAACUACCUUAAGUCUUCAAUUUUCUAGUUUUUUUACAAUGUUAACUUUUUCAAAUAGGGACAUUUUUUCUCAAUGUAUGAUUUCAUUCGCCAUCUAGAGGAAAGAAGUCGAACUAUUAAAAAUACAUGUGAAGCAUAUAUACUUACUGUGGUGUACUACAUUGACGUUCAUUCAUAUACAAACACAUAUACAACAUUCAAACUGUGUAGUAGUUCAUUAAUUAGGUAGAAUCGUUAUUGGAUACAUUUUACAUCCUAGUUUAUUAUAAAAAAUUUUAACGAGAUAAAAUUUCUAAAUCUGCAUAUUAAAUUAUAUAUAUAUUUUUAAUUCAAUUUUACUUACAACGAUCUAUUUUUAAUUGUAACAAAUAGAACAAAAGAAAAAUUUGAGUAACCAAUCGUUUCGCAGAAAAAAAAGAUUCUUCAAAUCCAAGAUACUGUGCUAACCUAGUAAAUAUCGGCAGAGAUUCUUUCUUUCGGAAGAUAUUUAAUAAAUAAGAUAAGAUCGCGUUUGAAAACGUAAUAUAAUUGUAUGAAAAAUACUAUUUAAUAUUAUUAGAGAGUGACACUCCUGAGAAAUUGCAGAAAUGUAUCACAGAAAGUUGAAAUCAGGUUAUGCUUUCAUGGAGGUAUCUUUAAAUAUGCUCGAUUGAAUGCAUCACUUUGAUUCGGUAUUCUUGUGUACCUUAUGUCUUUAACAACAGCAAAAUGACUUAGUUAAUAGUUAAUAAGGAAGACUAUAUAAGCGUAAAUCUAUAGAUUUACAAAACGUAGUUAUACUUAGAGGUAUUUAUAUCUGUCAAAAAUGAAAAUAUGAGUAAUAACUGUAAAAAAGAAGACAUAGGCCUUAAAAAAAAAUAUGUCUUCUUUAAUGACCCAGAUAUUAUUGUUAAGCGUGCAGAGAGUUUGGUUAAUACACAACUUAGAUCACAUCUUGGAUUAAAAAAACAGCAAGUAGAUGAUAGUAAGCAAGAUUUGAAAGAAAAGACCAAUGAUAUACCACAACUUGAUUUUAAAAAUGUAGAGAAUUUGUUGUCUUUUCAUCCUGUACAACCAUAUCCGUUUACAUUUAUUAGUGCAGUAAAACGAAAACUUUCUCUUGGUGAUCAUCCUGAUACACAGAAGAAACUAUAUGACUCUGGUCAUAGAACAGAAGCUGAAGUGUAUUCGAGGGAAUUAAAAUUUAGCAGCAAUCAUAAUUUUUAUCAAGCAAUGCAAAAUAUGGCUUUUAGAGAGCCAUUAAAAGUACCAGAUUUAAAAAUGUCUACAAAGACAUUAGAUUAUUCUUCUAAAGACAAUCCUACUUCAAAAGAUGUUGCUGGAAUAAAAUUGGCUGUAUCAUCUAAUGAUUUUGUGCCUGAAAGAUCAGAAAAAACAUCGAGAGAAAGAGUACAAAGGAAGUUAGAUUUUUCAUUAUCUGAGGGGCCAUCUGUAAUUGCUUGUGAAAACAUUGAACCAUUAAAAGCACCAAAUGUUUCAAUAGCAUCUAGCUUCUCUAAAAAGAAAGAGCAUGUUAGAGAAAGUUCUAGGGAAAAGGAAAAUAGGUCAAAGAGAAUAAGAAAAGAUGAUUCUUUGUAUACGAAAAGUGAUGAAAUAUUGUAUUCUUCUUCGGAUUUUAGUAAACGAUCUAAAAGUCCAAGACACGUUUCUAGAAAAGAUAUUACAGACAAUACAAGUGGUUCUAUAUCAGUAGGGAGAAUUAAAACUGAUCGUUUGCCUUUAUUUGUACCAAGGGAAAGUGAUUUUGUAUUGACAAAACCAAAAACAAAAAAUUUUGCAACUUCUACAGCUAGAAAGGAUAAUGAUAAAAAACACAGGUGUUCCAAUGUACAAUCUGCAAAAUUAAGAGAUACUUCUUUAGAAUGUAAAAAUAAGACAGGUGGUAAUGAAUCACAUUCUCAAAAAAAUAUAAUAAAAGAUAGUGCUAGAAGCAUGGUAUUUGAUAGUAUAGAAUAUAAAUGCAAAGAAGAUUUGCAAUCAAUGAAACAAACUGAUGAGCAUAAAUAUAAGUUGGAAAAUAAACAAGUGAAACAACAAAAUAAAGUGUUAAAUCAGUCUCUUAACAAACAAGCAGGUAUAGGAUUUAAAGAGCAUAAGAGAGUAUAUGAUAAAACUAAGACAUCUAUAAAUAGAAUUGAAGGAAAACAUUAUGUUACAUAUUCAGAUACUUCUGGUGAUAUUGAGAUUGUAUCUGACUCCAACACCAGUUUAAAAAAACGCAGCAGCACCUGCUCUACAGUUUUCACUCAACAGUCACAGAGUAAAGAUAUUGAUAAGUCUCAAACAAUGCAAAGUUUACAUUCUAAGAAAUCAGGGAAAGAUAAUGAGAAUUCGAACUAUAUUGAAAAUUCUUCUUUAGAAUGUACAGACAUAAGCAGUAACAAAAAUGAAGCUUUUUCUCAAGAUGUUAAUCUAUCUAAUAAACUUGAAAGUAGUAAUAAUGAUUUAACUGAUUUGAAUGAAAGCUCAUUACCAGAAGCCUUGCUAGAUCCAAGAAGGAUAUCUUUUAGAGAUGACAAUUAUACGCAAGACGAGUUUCGCGAUUUAGUUACACCUGAUAUGAAUCUUAUAUUUCGAUCGAAAAGAAAAAAACAAAUGGCACAGAGUAAUGACACCAAUAUUGAUUGUGGAAAAACUUCGAAAUAUAAAACAUCCACGAAACCAGAAACAAUACAACAUGGAAUACAGCUUCUUCAUCCAACAGCUUUGCAUAUGCAGUUUCAAGCAGAGUUACAUCUAUUAGACUCAAUGAAUGAAUCACUUAGGCAAGUUAUGGACGUGGAGAAAAGUUUCUAUAAUGUAAAAAAUGAACAAGAAAAAGAAUUAAUGCAGAAACAAAAUCAAGCUACUGACGAAUUGAUAUUACACAUAGAUGAUGUAGGGAAAAGUGGUACAAUAGAUAAGGAAAAUACAGAUAAAGUAGUAUCACAAAUUAAUGACAAUACAGGGAUAGAAAAAGUUGUUACCGAGAAACGAAUGACAAAUAAAAUUGAUGAAGCUUCUUUCAUUGAUGAACAAGCAUUCAUGAAGAAAGAGGAGACGGAUGAACAGAACAAUAAUUUAAGGAAGAGGACUAAAUCAGUCAUAGAAGUAGCAGAAGUUCAGACUCAAACAGUGAAUGAUAUUGGAACUCAAACAGACAUAUAUCCAGGGCGACGUAAUUUAUCAAAUAGAUUUCUGGAAAUUCAUGAAAAUGCACAUGGACAGGAACUAUCUUUAGAAGAUUGUGAAAUUCCAUUACUUUCUUUAGGUUCUAGAGAUCAAUUUGAAGAUUUGGAUCAGCUAGAAGAUCUUUCAUUGCCUAGUAAAGUAAGAACAAUGUCAGAGAUCAGUUUACAUGAAACUACAUCUUCUAUAAAAACAGAAACUGGUACAGAAAUUAGUAUUUCUACGAGAGACGUAACUUGUUCUUUUAACAAAUAUUUAGAUUUAGAGAUAGCUCAACUGAUAAAAGAUGAGAAACAAAGAUAUGAUAAGAUAGAAAUGUUGUUCAAAUCGCGUGAAAAAACAUUACACGAUAGAACCAAAAAAUUAGUAAAAUUGGAAGAGCAAAAAAGAGCAUUGAGAGACACUGGUCAAGAUAGUCGUAUUAGUUCAGUUAAGAAGAAGCAAAGGGCCUUAUUAUUAAAAUUACAACAGGAGAAAGAUGAAAUGAAUAGAUUGAAAGAACUCCAUAAAAUUGCAAGUCAAGAACGAAAAUUAAUGUUGCAAAAGCAAAGAAACAUGUUUAAUCCUCAAAUGUCUACAAAAAAUAUUUUAACAAAAUUAAAAAGAAGUGCUGAUAGUCAAUCUCCACGUAGAUUAUCUGGACCAAUGAAAGGUUACGAUAUUCGGAGUAACAGCUCGAUGAGUUCUUUAGUAGACUCCGAUAAAUCUCAACACGAUAAAUCACAAAUAGACCCGAAAAUACAAUUGACAGAAAAUGAUAUGCAAUUUCAGAAAGUCGGUUUAUCAAGUGCUGAAAAAAUUGCGAGCUUGGCGGACGAGUCUAAUAUCUCGUUAUUAAAAUAUGAUAAAUUAAACGACACUAUAGAAGAUUUGAAAUCGCAAAACAAAUAUGCUCUUAAUUCUCAGAAGGGUAGUAAUAAAUUAAAGUACGAAUUGAGAUCUCGUAAAUUUGAAGAAAAAAUGCCUAAAGCAGAUAUUAUAAAAUUAAGGUCUCAUCAGCUUGAUGUUGAAUCCAAAUUAAUGCAAGGACAUUGUGUGAACGUAGCUGGGCAUGUUCAUGAGAAACAAAAAACUAUUAGUUUACAAUCAUUACAAGAUUUAGAUAAUACAAUUACAGAAUAUAUUAAGUCAGAAUCUGAUACUUUAGUAGACGAAUUAUCAAAGAAAUCUAAGUCAUCGCAAGUUGAUUUCCGAAGUGUAAUUUCGUCGAAAGAUAAGGAACCAUUUUCCAGAGAUACAGCGGUAAAUACUGAAACGAUACAAGAACAAAUAACUUCCAUCGAGCAAGAUGCUUUGUCAAAGACAUCAAAGUCUUCUCAAGUGUCUGAAGAUACCUUUCAAACUCAUUCAAGAAAUUCAAAUAAAACAGAUAAAUCAAUUUCUAGUGAUAAAGAAAUUACAAAAAAAUUUCAACAAAAUUCUGAAUUUAAGGCAAGCACUAAACGAAAAAAUUCUAAAUGUCAAAGAACAAGAUCGUCAUCUACAAUAUUAACGGAAAAUAUAUUAAGAUCAAAAUCGAGUUCUCAGAUAGAAGAAUUUACAAAACAUCAUAAUAAACGUACGAAGAUAGAGAAUGAAUUCAUUCAAUCAGAUAGAAAUGAUGAAGGCUCUAUUUUAGAUGAGCUUGAUCUUAGUACUGAUCAGACUAUUAAUCAGAAUGCUAUUGAAGUUUUAAUCAGGCAAUCCAAUGCUAUGAAAGACAAAAAUUCAAAAUUAUUUGCAGAUAUAAUAGAUGAAGGCAAAGAAAAUAUUUCGGUACAAAAUGUUUUUGAAAGAAGUCUUGAAAAUUAUAGUGAAAAUAAUUAUCCUUCCAAGGAUAAAGAGAAAAAUACACAAAACUGUGGUGAUAUAUCUGCGAGAUCUCAACUUGGUACAUUUGCUAUUUCAAAUCAUAAUUCUGUAGAUAAUGAAAAAGAAUAUACUAGAUCAAUAGUUAUCAGAUCACAAAAUCAUGAUUUUAAAACUUCAAAAAAGCUUGAACAAAUUUUAAAUGCGCGAGAAGCAGCACUUGUAUCGCGUAGAAAUUGUGUAGAAGAGUGGAUGGCAUGGGAUGCACGAUUAAGAGCAGAAGAAGAACGUGUAGCACGGAUGGAACAAGCUGCAUAUAAACUUGUCACUGCUACUUCUGCUUUAUCUCAUCAAGAUUCUACACUCUCAUCUGAUACAAGUGAUGUGGAAGGAAGAAUAGAAUUACUAACAGAAAAAUUAGCGGAGCGUAGAAUUGAAAUGUCACGUUUAAAAAAAGAAGCUAGAAAGCAAACGAAACAGAAACUAAAAGCAUUGGAAGCAAAUUUGUUAAAUCAAAUUAAGAAAUAUGAUACGACUAUUCAUGAAAUGCGAAAAAAAUUGGAAUCCAGAAAGGAAUCUGUGAAGGAUAAUGACAAAUUGGCUAUAGAGUCUAAAUCAUUGGCAGAAUUUAAAGUACCUGAUAUUCCACUUAAGAGGAUACAAGAAAUCUAUAAAAACAGUGAUCUGUUACGUUCGAGAUCAGAAUCUGACUUAUUAUCAACAAAAAUUCAGCAAAAAGGCAUUGUUAAAAAUAUUCAGGCUUUGAUAUAUGAGAGUAAGUGUGAAGAAACAAAUUUUUCAAAGUCAUCACAAAUAAUUAAAAGAGACAAUGCGUUGGAGUCAUCAAACACUAAAAAACAAGAUAUUCAUUAUAAUGUUCAGUCCAUAUUUGCCGAUUUGAAAGAUACGGAAUAUGAAAAACUCAGGUCUAUUUCAAUGUCAUCAACUUCUGAUGAUGAUCAAGGCGAGAAAGCUACACAUUAUAAUACCACAUUUCAUUCAAGCGGAACUCAAACUAAUCACACGCUUGUUUCAGUACCAGAACAAUUUACAGUUGCAAUAUCAUCUGACAAUAAUUCAAAGGAUAUUCAAAGUGAAGUUAGUGUAGUAAAUACUGAUACAGAUAUUCUUACAGCAUCUGAAUUAAAACUAUCCAAGAGUCAUAGUGAUCAACUUGCAAUAACAGAACCAAAAUCAGAUUUAAUUGAUGUUGAACAAGUGCCUUCAAAAAGUCUUAUGUCACAGUCCAACACAAUAGAAACAUCAAAAACAGAGAAUUUAAAGCUUAUUUCAAAUAAAUCAGAAUCAUAUAUUCAGAACUCCAAUAUGGAACUCGCAUGUACCAAUAACGAUAGUGGAACGCUUACUUAUUCUAAAAAGUUACACUUUUUACAACUAAAUAACAAAAAUCUAAAUGAAGAUAUUAAUUGCCUUGAAAACGAGCUUAAAGCUCUGUCGGAAAUGAUGUCACGAAUUAGUAGUUUAUCCGCUGAAAAGCAUGAUAACGAGGAAAAAAGUACCUUAAAGGAUGUAUCAGAAGUAUUUUCAAAAUCUGAGCUAACUGACAAUAACACAUCAAUUUCUAAUAAAGAUAUAAGUAAAACCAUUCAGUCGGAUAUUACAGAAACAGAAAUCCCCGUUAAAACCAAUAUUAAUUCUGAAAUCUCAAGCUAUUCCCCAAGUAUUUUAAAAUUAAAAUCAGGCAAUGAGUCUACAGAUUUAGUGGAAAAUGCAAGUCACGUUAUAUCUGGAUUAAUUCCAGAAGAGGAAGCAUUAUUUUCAGAAUCAAAUCAAGAAAUAGAUUAUAAAGCAGAAAGUAAGAAGAUACUAAAUGAAAUCGAAAAAUCUAUUAUAUCCGAGCAUGCAAAAAUCCUUGAAGGUGAUACUAAUUCUACAAGUAUACCAUUGGAAACAAGUACGCAAAAAAUACAAAAAUUAAAUAAAGAUUUUCCGUAUUAUUUAUCUACUUCAGAUAUUGAUAAAAAAAUAGAAUCACCAAUACCCAUAGAAGAAAAUACAAAUCUGAAACAAUCAAAGAAUACAUCUGAUAAUUCUUCUUUGGAUAAGAAAAUAAUUGAUGAACAACAUGCAGUACAAGAAUUAGUACAAGAAUCAUAUGAGGAAAAAUUAUCUGAAAAUGUAGAUUCAAUUUCGACGAAUAUAUCAGAACAAUGUCCAAUAUCUGAAGACGACAGUUUGAAAAAAGACGAUGUAAUGGUUAACAAAGGUAUAUUACAUUUUGAAAAUAUUCCACAAAUUAAAAAUAAUGAAGAUACUUUGCAAAUUGAAAAUAUACCUUCUACUGAAAAUAAUGAAAUACAUUUAUCUCCAAGAGACUUCUCUAAUACGGAACAAAUAAAUACGAGUCAAUAUUAUAAUUCUAAUGAUAAAGACGAAGAGAACGUAAUUUCACAAAAUGCGAAUACAUUGUCUAUAAAUUUAAAUAAACGUGACUCCGAUAUAGAAGAAAAUGGAUCCGAAGUUAUAUCCACUGAGAAAAUGUCUGUAGACAAAGAUGACUGGACUAUAUCUGAUUCAUUUAAUAUUUGCCAUGAUGAAGCAGAGAAUGAAUGGGAAAAAACACAGGAUCAUGAAGUAGAAUCAAACAUUCAUGUUAGUUCAGAUCAUAAAAAUAUAUCGCAAGAAGAAAAUGAUGCUGUCAUACAAGAUUUUACAGAAAAUUUAUCAGUUAGUAUAGAAGAUGAAUCUAUGCUUUUACCGAGGGCUGAAUCUACAAAUAUUGAUGCUCUUAAUUUAAAGAUUAAUGAAACGGACAAUGAAAAAACUACUGAUGAGCUUGAUGAUAUAUUAGAUAUAAUUGCCAGGGAAAAUGAUAAAGAAUAUGGUAAUGAAGGAAGGCAAUAUAUAGGAACAGACAAAGCUGAUGAAAAUAUAGACAAUAUAAAAUCUAUUAAAACAUCUAUCAUUUUGGGGAAAGAAAAUGAGAACAAUGAAUUAAAUGAAAUUAAUAUUCAAACAAAGAUCAUCUUAGAUGUAGAUAAUAUGGAUCUUACAAUAGAUAGUCCAUUUCCGUCUAUUACAUGCGAUUCUACACUUGAUGAUAAAUUGCAAAUCCACAAUUUGUCAACAAGUGACAAUAAUAAAGGUAAUGAUACUCCAUUAUAUACAGAAUACAAUAAAAAUAUUAAUGCAAGUAAUGACGCAUUAGAUGUUCCAUCCAAUAAAUUAGAUGAUGUGUCUGUGGUAAAUAUAAAAUUAAACUUAGAAAUAGAAGAUAAAGAUACUGUCCAACAAGAAAUAGUUCAAUCACGAGAAAUAAUAAUCAGCAAAGCGAAUUCAGGAAGUACAGAAGAUAUAUUACCACAAUUAGAAAUUAGUACGAAGAUCGAAUUAUCCAAUGAGGAACUAAUUGAUAAGAGUAAUACGCACGAUGAUAAUAAGGAACCUCACGUAAUUUAUUUCCCUAUUACGGAAAAAGAAAGUACACCUCCAGCAGUUAAGGAACAAGAAUAUUUGGAAUUAUUACCAGAACCAGAUAGUUCUGAUGGUGAACAACUUGAUAAUUUAGUUGAAGUAGCGGAAAGUGGAUUAGAUGUAAUAGAAAAGCUUCCUGAACCAGCAGAAAUACAUUCUAAUAAGAAUAAUAGCUUAUCAAAAGUUAAAGAAGACAAUGUUGAAAUAAAGGAUUUACGAGAGAACGAAGAUCUUCCGAGUGUUUGUCAAUCUACAGAGAUACAUAAUAUAGCUACAACGAAUGCUACUGAUAUUAUUAUUAAAGUACCAUUUGAAGUAUUAAAAGAUCCCGAAUAUGAAGAUAUCUCUGAGGAAAGUCUUGAAGUAUCUGAAAUUCUUGAUAAAACAGAAAGUCAGAAAACGCAAGGUUUACAAAAGGGAACGAUCGUACCAGAAAAUUAUCAAGCAGUACACAAAACUGAAGUAUUGAGGAUACUAGAUGAAAUUAGUCAAAAAUCAUUGCCAGAAUUGAUAAAAACUUCACAAGAAGAUAAAAAAGAUGUGCAAACAGUUGAAACAAUAACCACUACAGCGUUAAUUCAUAAAUCUUCGUUAAAUGAUGAAAAUCGAAUAAUACAGAUAGAUCAAUCAACUGAUCAAAAUACUGAGAUUGUAAAGGAUACGGUAUCAGAUACUUCCAAAUUGACAGAAAUUGAAACUGAAGAAAUUUCUACAAAAUUCAAUGAUCUAUUAUCACAGUCUGAUGAAAAACACGUUAAAACAAUAACUGACGUAGAUCAGAGCGCGAUACAGAAACACGAAGAUGUAUCAUCUGAUUCUAGCGAGGGUGGUGAUACACCUGCAGGUGUAUCAGAGAUCGAAAUAGACUCACCAAGAGAUUUAAAUAACUCCAGAUUGAAUAUCGAUGCCUUGGACGAUGAUCUACUUAGUAAUACGAAUAUGGGAAAACAAGAUGAAUCAAAAACUGAUUUUCAUGCAACAGCUAUCGUUACGACGUCGGAAAAAGAUAUAGAAGCUAUGAUCGAUAAAAUAAAAGCUUCGUUGAAGCAGCCUGGCUUAGAAGUUGCUGAUUUGGAGGCUAAGCUACUUCGUAUACAACAACUUCAAAUUGAAUUAGAGAUCAAAAAAUUGGAAGCUGAAGAGGUAUACUACGUUAGAGAAAUACCAAAUAAGCCUCCACCGCCUUAUACACCUCCAGGAGAUAAUCGAAUUUCCAUAGCUAUUGCUUCACCUUCUCCGCCUCCUGCAGUAAUACCUUCGAAUAUCGAAGAGCUGACAGCUUUUACAGAAAAGGCUACGGCUUUAAUAUACAAAGCUAAACAAUCUGGGCAAGAUAUUAUGAAUUUAGAAGCUCCUCCUGAAAUUUGCGAGUUAACGAAAGAAAGCAACGAGAUCGCGAAAAAAGAUCGAAAGAUUUAUAAUACAUUCCUUUUCGAUUUAUGUAAAGAAACAAUUUCGGAAGUUUAUCAAGCGGAAUAUGAGAAACCUGGUCCGAGUUGGACGAAGCCAAAUGUAAAAACAAAGCCAGCUAUGAAAAUUCCAAAGACUGUAGAAGAGCUUCAUGAAUAUGUUAGUAAGGAAGUAGCGACAUUAUUUGGUUUCAAAACAAAAUUACAAAGGGAGAAUAUGGUAAUGCGUUGGAGUAGAAAACGUAGGGAUAGAGUCGAUGAAUUAUUAGCGAGGGAGGCCCAGGCUGAAGAAGACGAAUGGACUAAGUUUCAUCAUGAUGAAUUGGCAGUGAAAAAUGGACUCACGGUAGCCAUAUUAGAAACUUUGAUCAUGGAGACUACAAGUGUGGUUAAAGUGGCACAUGCAAAAAAAAGAAAGGUGAUGAUAUAGCUACUAUAGCUCUAGUUGAUCAAAUUAUUACUCGAAUUCAUUUAAAAAAUGCAAACAUACGGCGUACAUAUUCUUAUGCAGUUUUUUUCUUUUCUUUUCUUUUUUAUUUUUUCUCUAUAAUAUUAUACUGCGUUGAAUAUUUAGCGUUGAUUAUCAUUCGAUCGUUUAUGAUUAGGACAUUCUUUUAUUGAUUAAUGACUUCACAUAAUGCACAGGCUGGUUCCUAUUUAUUUGUAGACAGUUUACUUUUUUUUAGAGAAAGGGCACAUACAAAUAAAUAAGACGAUCUAUAGUGAGACUGAAAUGAUGCGUGCGUGCGAAGAAUCGUAACGUAGGCAGAAUACAGGCGUCGAUAAAGGUGCUCAGAAGUCUCUUGAGAAUCAAAUGCCCUAAGUCUAUAAUAAUUCAUUUUACCUUAGAGUAAUAAGUAAGGUAUAUCAUAUAAAGGUAUUAUUAUAUAAUCAAUGCAUAGAUCGCGAUCCGUUGUUGUGUAGAUGGGUAUAUCGUAGUAUAUUUGAUUUUCGUACUUGUUUUCGUUAAAAUAAUAAUAGUUAUUAACUUUGUAACAACGUAGAAUAUUAUGUACGACUGAACCUUGACGAAAAAUGUCAAACAAUGUAAAUAAUUCAUAUCUCAAUGGAAAAACAGUGUAGUUUUCCUUAGAAAAGGUAGAAUAUAUUUCAGUUUUCUAUUUGCUUAUUGUCGGAAGAAAGAGUUACGCAGAUCAUAUGACGAAGAUUUCACGAUAGAUAUUAUUAUUUAAUUUUUAAUAUUUAUGUGUAUUUCAAAUUACUGAGACAUGGGCUGCUCGCUAUAUGUAGCAUCGAUUAUACAAUAGAAGCUUUUAACUGGACACAAACAUAGAGCAAAUAUUUAUACAAUGUUCCAUGUUAAGCUUCUAAUUAAUGGAACUAACAAAAUUCAAAUUAAAAGACUGAUAUUUUGGGGCCAGUUUAUCAAAAUUUGUGAAUUUGCGAAAUUUAUAUGUAGAUGACGAAGGUACGUUGGAUAUCGAGUACUAAUUGGUGCUUUAGAGGUUUUCCGUGUUAAAUGUUGACAACGAUAAGUAGCCUUUCGAGUAAACCCUUUAACUUAGGCCCCUUUCCAAGAAAAAAAAAUGAAAGUAAGAAGGAUAGAAAACGACAUAAAUGUUACGUUUGUUUUUACCGAUCACUUUAACUUGCAAAUUGUUACUUUAUCUGUAAAUUGUAUAUGUUUUAAGUAUAUAUAUAUAUAUAUAUAUAUAUAUAUAUAUAUAUAUAUAUAUAUAUACACGUUAAGUCGAGUAGACUCAAAUACGAUGACUUAAUUUUUACGUUUGUGGUUGUGAUUUAAACUUAAAGUAGAGCGCGAUGUAUGAAAGACCUUUAGUAAGCACUCGAAAGUUUACAUCAGUUUGAUUUCUUUUUUAUUAUUUUACAGUUUUUAUAUUAUUUGUGUUAUAUAAGAAUGAGAUGAAAUGACGAUGUUUUGUUAAUGUUCAAACUUAAAUUAAGAUUUUUAGCGAUAUUUUUAGCUAUCAAAGUUCUUGUCUUUCAUUCAUUUUCAAGAACGAUUUUUUUUUUUUUUUUUUUUAAAUAUCUAUAAGUUGUUACAACCGGAUUCUUCGUUCAUUAACGAAUAUCACCGUGAAUUUGAUUGUGUACGUAGUUGUUACGAUUAGAAGUUGUUCACGUACGUAGAGUUGGAUAUGUACUUAACCAAUCCAUAAUAUAUUUUAUAAUAAAUUUUGUCCAAAUAA